UUUAAUCAGAUGGAUAGUCAAUCUCAUUGAAUGAGUCAUUGAAUAUCACGCACCAAGCAAAAGGUUAGAAACGUAAUUGCUGAUUACUGCGUUAAGCAAUUUUUUACUGCAUUUAGCAAUACCCAUCGGAGCCAUAGUACUGAAGCUUUUAGACAUUAUAUAAAAGCCUCUCCAUUUGAAUUCAUAAAAUCCCACCCAAAGCUGAAACCGCCAAUCUGACUAUCACCACCAAAAUCAAAAAUGUCACUGAGACACAAUAUCAAACACUUUGCGCGCAUGUCCACACUGCGCUCAGUCUCUCACUCUACCAUCCACCGCCACCGCCCCCACCCACCACAAGCUCCCCCCAAAGCUCCCCAACAAGACCCCUAUACUCUCCUUAAAGAAGACCCGAUCCAAAUCCUCUCGGACCUCUGGGUCCGAUCCUUUUCUCACCACCACACUACUCAAAACCCAACCCCGCCUAAACCCUUUACAAAUCUCACUGGCUUUCUCUCGAAACUUGAUCUUUGGGUCUUAGCUUAUCAACGCACGUGUGCCCACGUGACGGGCUCAUUCCCCCCUCGCAAUGCCAUUCAUUUUCAUGUCCUUUCUGAUCUUCUUUCGCUCCGGAAUGCGGUGAUACACAGUCAGUUUCAGUGGAAUAAGAAGAUCGGAGAGGGUGUGUAUAUUUGUAGUCCAAAUGAAAAACCCGUGUUGAGGAAUAUUUCAAGGCGGAAACUUGAGGCGAUUUUGAGUGACCCCACACCGCCAUUUCAAGACCGGGUUGUUCAGGAGGUGGUGUUGAUGAUUCUUGAACCAAUUUUUGAGCCGAGGUUUUCGUCGAAGUCGCAUGCUUUUAGGCCUGGUAGAAAUGCACAUUCGGUUAUCAGGACGAUUAGGAGUAAUUUUUCGGGGUAUCUUUGGUUUAUGAAAGGUGAUUUAACUCAGUUUUUUGAUGAUGUUGAUGAAAACAUCGUGAUGCAUUUUGUUGGAAAUGUAGUUAAGGAUAAGAAGGUACUUAGGUUGAUUAAAUCUGGGUUGCGGGUGAGUAAUGGAAUCCAAUGUGGUGAUGAAGGUAGGGGGGAAUUUGAUAAGAGUAAGAAGGAUAGGAAAAAGGGUUCAACGCGAAAAAAGAUUUUGAAUGAAAAUGAGCCGAAACCUGAUCCUUAUUGGUUGAGGACUUUCUUUGAUUUUGCACCAGAGGAAGCAGUCAAGGUCCCUAAUUAUGGUGGUUGUGGAAUUCUUAGUCCAUUGCUUGCUAAUAUUUGUCUUAGUGAAUUAGAUCAUAUGAUGGAAGAUAAAUUGGUAGAAUUCUUUCGCCCAUCUAGAUUAGAUUCGAUAUGGAAGGAUUCUGUUAAUGACGGUUCUCAUAACCCUUCUUGGCCGGAGUUUGUACCAGCUAGUGGGAAGGAGAAAACAAGAAAAAUGGAUUAUAUUCGAUAUGGGGGUCAUUUUUUGGUUGGAAUUAGGGGACCAAGGGAGGAUGCCGUUGAAACUCGGAAAGAAAUAAUUGAAUUUUGUGAGAGUAAUUUUGGGAUAAGGUUAGAUAACUCAAAGCUGGAGAUUGAACAUGUAACUAGGGGUGUUGAGUUCUUGGAUCAUAUUAUAUCUAGACGUGUGAUUUACCCGACUCUACGCUACACAGCAAGUGGUGGUAAUAUAGUAAAUCAGAAGGGUGUAGGAACGUUGCUUUCUGUAACGGCUAGUUUACAAAAAUGCAUUAGGCAGUUCAGACGGCUUAAGUUUGUUAAGGGUGACAGGGAUCCUGAACCACUGCCUUGCACUCCCAUGCUUUAUUCAGGCCAGGCUCACACCAAUGCUCAAAUGAAUAAGUUUCUUGAGACCAUGGCGGAUUGGUUUAGAUAUGCAGAUAACCGAAAGAAAAUUGUUGGUUUUUGUGCUUAUGUGAUUCGCAGCUCUCUCGCUAAAUUAUAUGCUGCGAGGUAUAGGCUAAAAUCUCGUGCCAAGGUGUACAAGAUUGCGUCACGUAAUCUUAGCCGGCCCCUGGUGGAAAGUACUCAAAAUUCCGCACCCGAAUAUUCAGACCUUCUGAGAAUGGGGCUUGUUGAUGCUAUAGAAGGAGUUCAGUUUUCUCACAUGUCUUCGAUUCCAUCAUGUGAUUACACCGUGUUCCCUAGAAACUGGAUUCCGGACCACGAACGAGUUAUACAUGAGUAUAUAAACUUGCAAAAUCCAAAAUUUUUCUGCGAAUUGCAAAGAUCAAUUAAAAAACAAGGUCUAACAUUGCCUCAAGAGGAGAUAUCUGAGAUUGUGUGGAACUAUAAAACUCUUGGAGUGCGAAGCAACCAGUCUUCUUCUGAGAAAGAUACCGAUAAUGCUUCUAAGGACAUGGUGCUAUCAUCAGAAGUCUAGUUUUGUUCAAAAAAGGUUGACUGGCAGAGGACCAUGGGCUAAAAACAAUCUCAAAAGUAUCAUUAGCAUGCUCCAUCUCCAUGGAAUAUAAGGACAGUGAGGGAGAACUGCUGUUUCGACGAAUCUAAAACAGAUUGUCUCUUAAAUUUGAUCCUCAACCAACAACCACCAAGAAUUUGCAUCACCUUUAUCAAAGUAAGUAUUUAUUUAUAGUUUAUCUACAUGUAAACUUUUUGUUAAAGUCCCCCUUGAAUUUUAGUGCAUAAUUUGUGAUGAAUUUUCAGUGGUACGAUUAGGUUAUUUUUCCCUAUGUGACUAUGGACUGCAUAACAUCUGACAAUACAGGCUAUUCAGUCCCCCUGUUUAUAAUGUAAGUGUCAUCCCUGCUUCAUUGCUAGUAUGGAUAGCUUACAGUGGAAAUGAUGCCUUGUCUGUUACAAGGCUUUACAUGAGUUCAACAAGUAUAACGAGAAAUGAUGACAUUGUAUCUGGAGGAUUUUGGUCAUAUGAUUUUCUCCUCAGUUCGACUGCAAAGGCUGACGUAUAUGAUAACUUCAUUGUUUGUUUGUUUUUUUGACAGAGUAUACUCAUUAGCGGAGUACCUUUAAAGCUGUGUGCCAGUGGCUGUUUAUAGCUAGGAAACUAUAUAAUUUGUGUAUGUGCUGGAAUAUUCGAGUAGAUUUUUGAAACUUGUAUAUAUCUGUUAUUUAUUUUGAUCUAGUUUCUACA